CGGUGGGGUCGGCGUCCCUACCUCUCUGGGGCUCUCUGGUGUUCCCUCUCCCCUGGGUGGGAGCGGUUGGAUCCCCAGGCCCAACUCCGAGUGAGGCUAACUUUACAGAAAACUUCCUGCCAGCAGCGUGCGGGGUUGUGGGCGGCAGGAUGUCGUGGUCCGGCCUCCUGAGUGGUCUGCACAGGUCCCUGAGCUGCGGCCUGGCGCUGGCUCCCCGCCUCUGGGCCACCCGCUCCAUGGCCACCCUGAACCAGAUGCACCGCAAGGGACCCCCGAAGCAGCCGCCCCGCAGCUUGGGCCCGACAGGGGGCCGGCCACAGCUGAAGGGUGUAGUCCUGCGCACCUUCACGCGCAAGCCCAAGAAGCCCAACUCUGCCAACCGCAAGUGCUGCCGGGUGCGGCUCAGCAAUGGCCAGGAGGCCGUCUGCUUCAUCCCCGGGGAGGGCCACAGCCUGCAGGAGCACCAUGUCGUCCUGGUGCAGGGCGGCCGCACCCAGGACCUGCCGGGCGUCAAGCUCACUGUGGUGCGCGGCAAAUACGACUGUGGCCACGUGCAGAAGAAGAAGUGACUGCGGUGCCGAACCCCUACUAGACACGAGCCUUCCGCCCUGGGCUCCAGCAUCCAAGCCUGGAUUAUAUAGUGCAGCUCCAUCAGGACCACUGGCAUCCUAUGGGGUGGUGGGCAGGAGUGAGAAAGGCCACCAGGCUUCUGCCCAGACCUCCAGGAGCUGCCAAGGGUAGUGUGGGUGUGGGGCUGGGAGGGGCUGUAAUAAACCCAGAUCACCCCACCGUGA